AUGAAGAAGAAUUGUAAACCGGGAUUAAUCACACACUCCAGCACAGUAGGUGGUGGCAUGCACCGUUAACGUUUGUUUACGGACUGCUGUUAUAUCGAAGAAGAAGAACUGCACCGGCGCUGUCGUUAUUUAUUGAAAAUAGAUAGCUAGCUAAUUCUCUCACCAAGCAAUAUUAACAUUUGUCAUUUUGUAAUCCAAGUUGUUAAAAAAAAACAUGACGGAGCCUCAGGCAGCACUGUUACUCAGGAGACAGCUGGCAGAGCUCAAUAAGAACCCAGUGGAGGGAUUCUCAGCAGGUUUGAUAGACGAUAACGACCUCUACAGAUGGGAAGUCUUAAUCAUCGGCCCACCAGACACAUGCUAUGAAGGUGGUGUGUUCAAAGCACACCUCACGUUUCCCAAAGACUACCCUCUCAGGCCACCUAAAAUGACAUUUAUCACAGAUAUAUGGCACCCUAAUGUUGACAAGAACGGUGACGUAUGUAUAUCUAUUUUACACGAGCCUGGUGAGGAUAAGUACGGCUAUGAGAAGCCUGAGGAGCGCUGGCUGCCCAUCCACACAGUGGAAACCAUCAUGAUUAGUGUUAUCUCUAUGUUGGCGGACCCGAACGGAGACUCGCCUGCCAAUGUUGACGCUGCAAAAGAGUGGCGGGAAGACCGACAUGGGGAAUUCAAAAGAAAAGUGGCCCGUUGUGUAAGAAAGAGCCAAGAGACUGCCUUUGAGUGAAUUUUAUCAAGCUGCAUCUAGCUUCACUUUUUCAGGGUCUCCAAUUUGAGAAACAACAUGGCACUGUUUUCCUGCACUCUACUACCCGAUUGCCAGGCUCGUCUUCAUUGCAUUUGGCAGAAACCGUCUGGCAACAAUAGGCCGCAAUAGGCAAUAGAACUUAACAGCUGUUGCCACAUGCUGACCGAAAACUGCCACACAAGUGCCAACUCAAAAACAACAAAACAGAAGAUGAAUAAACACAUUUUUUUGAAGUCUAUGAACUUUUCAGGAAGAGAUUGUAAAGAUCUGUAUAUAGCACAGACCUAAAACUGGAUAAUAUAUAAACUGUUCCUACCCAUCCAGCAAGACUCAUAGUACCAAAUAAGUAGUGCUUCUGUAGGUAGAAUUUGAGCCCUGUGAGUUAUUGGAAGUUUUUAGUCCUCUUCCCCAUUCAACAUCCACUCUAGUGUGUAUUAGUGUAGGUAUGUUACAGGUUGCUUUGAUGGACAGGAAGCCUUGAAGGCAGAAUGGUAAGAAUGCGAUGCUGUUGUAGAAUCCCACUAUUGGAGAACAGCGGAGUUCGGGUUCUAGAAUGACCGGAAUAUCGGGCCAAAAUGGCAUUUAUGGCAGAGGGUGCACUAGAAUAGACACAUUCUGUAGCAUGCUUGUCAUGUUAGGUUCCUUCACCUUUAGCACUUCAGGAAAAUUUGCUGUAAGUCACCAUUUUAAAAUAUGAAUAAGUUUAUAGAGGCAAGUCUUUAUUUUUGAUUUUUAACACCAUUAGGAAGUUCCCCUACCGUGGUGCACAUGUACCCCGAAUUGAUCACAUACCUCAUUUGUCAAGUUCAGGUGUGUUUCUUUGGAGAUGGACAUAGCCAUUACAAGUCAUGCAUUCACAAAUUGAGCUCGUAGUUAGGUUUUUAAUUAUACAUUUUUCAAAAAGUGCCUCCUAUUAAAUUGCUUGGCAAUUGCACCCUGUAUUGAACCAGAGUUAGUUUCAGAGAAGUCAGAGAAAUUGUUAACCGCUUAAGUGUUAUUUUAUAACCCUUCACACCAGUACAAUGUAUAAUCAAACAUAUUGGUAACCAUUUGGUGUAGCAAUAACCUUCCCCAGAUGUGUGAUGUACGGUCUUAUAUUUGUUUUAACAUUCUGAUGAGAUUUAGGGAAGCUAUUUCUCUUAAAGUCACCUUGAUGAAACAGGUGAAUUUACAACGCUUGAUUUCCUUUGUGUGGUGUCGUAGGUAGGAUUUGUUGUGCAUGCUUUAACAUUAGGUUUCCAUGCUGGUAGUAGUGUCUGGGUUUUGAUUUAAAAUGUAUGUUUGUGCCAUGUUUUAUUCCCCCCCCCACAGAUCUUCGAUUUUCUCCUGGUGUUUGAUUUUAUUCUGGCUCUGAUGGACUUUUGCAGUUUACUUGCCUAAUGUACAAAGACAAAAUUCUGAUGUAUAUUUUUCAUGUUAUGAAAAUUGUCACCUUGUGUAGUGAGUUCUUCUAAAAUAUGAUUCCCCCUCCAAUAAUUGUUGGGGUAUUUUAUUUUAAUGAAAAUGAUGUGUACAAUGUU